AUGCAUCACGGAGAGUUUCCCGCAAAAUCUCAAUCACGAAUUCAAACAGGCUCUAACAGAGACGCUUAUUACAGUUUCCACAGUCAUUUCCCUUCCCGAGUACUUAGAGUAGUUGACGAAGAAUGAAGAGCUGACAAGCUCAUAAUGCCAGAAAUCCCUGUGCAGCCUCAGGAUCUGCCUCCAGAUGAAAACGAUUUAUCUUUUAAUCGAGCAGAAGAUGAAAAAACUUGGAAAGAUCUCAGCGUCAAUGAGAUGAUUAAUUUUGCUCAUUUAUCUAUUGCAGAUCACGAAACUUCAGAACAAAAUGACAUGAAUAUCCAUGGGUUUUUCCUGGACAAUAGAUUUUUUAACCAAAAUUCGUCAAUAAUCUAA